CGGGCUUUCCAGUACUCAACGCGUUGCUGGGUGGUGAAGUUGGCUCCGUUGACUGGUUGAUUGUUGUGGCUAGUUAAUCAACUAUGCGGUACUAUGAAGAUCCAUGUGGCUAUCCUGCUCGCCAUCACCAUGGUCGUCCAAAUAUCGAAAUUGAUGUGGUUCCCGGUUGGGGUGGCGGCUACUAUCCGCCGCCGCCUCCGCCUCGGCCCACCGAGAUUGUCUACAUGACCCCGGCGGCCACCUAUGUGCCCGGUGCCCAGGUAAUGAUGCCGCAGCCCUACGGCGGCGUCACGGUGGCCACCAAUGGAUACUAUCCACAGCAGCAGCAGGCCUACCAGGAGUACCAGUACCAGUAUCAGCAACCCUACAACAAUCCACCAUAUCCGCAAUGGUGAACGACUGGAAACUUAGCCUUCACUUCAAUGUGCCACGACCACUAACCAAGCAAAUUUACUAUCGAUAGCGUGUAAGGGAGCGAUAGAUAACAGGAAAAUCAAAACAAAUAUCUUAUUGUCUUAAUCUUAAGUUGAAAUCACAGCGCAGAGUGGCGCAAUAGUGUUGAUAGUGGAUUCCUAGACAAUACGUAGCAUUGUGGUUACAAAUUUCAAACCAAAGGAAUGUGCAGAAAUCAAUGAAGGAAUUUAACUGUGAAGCUUUCUAUCGAACGUUUAAAUAAAAUCCAACAAAAUAACCAA